AUGUGGGCUGUUCUCCUUCUAGCGACGACGGUUCUGGCUGAGGAUGUCUGCAAACAGCGGUGUGAUCGGAUCCAUCAGCGAUCUCUAGCGAGGGUCGGGCUCGAUGACGACAAACUACUCCAUCUUCUGGAAACUCAAAGACCACUUGGCACAUUACGCGAUGCAUGCUGGAGAGUUUAUGAUAACUUGGACUGCAUGAAGCAAUGCGAUCACAUAUCACCUGAACACGAGAAUUUCGCCAGAUUUGUCAGAUCGAGAUGCAAAUACGCUCUUAAAGAACGCUUUGAGAUGUGCAGUCGGUACCACUCUCCCAUGAGAGGACCUGGUAUGAAGUUUCUGAAAGAAGCCGAGACACUUAAAUCAAAGGCGGAUCCGUCACUCGCUCCGAGCCAGAAAAUUUGCAGAUAUCUUCACUUGAAUACUCUCUGCCUAGAGAAUAGUGUUACGAUGUAUUGUGCUAACGCGAAGAAGCUGUUCCGACGGUUGAAUUUCAGAGACUACUUCCCAAAUUUCAUAUUGCCUUCUAACGACACUCUAUUCGACGAUCUCGACCUGGACUCAUGCCAAAUGUACGAUUUCGUGAAGCAGAACAGCAAAUUGACAGAGACUCAACUUGAUAAGGAAUUCACAUCACUUCUGGAAGAGCUUUUGGAAGAUUCGCCAGCACCGACUUUGAAGACGACAACAACUUUUGAACCAUCGAUUGCUAUACCAAGACAUCCCACAAACCGUCCACAGCUAGGAGGACGACGGUCCCGAAACCAAUAA